AUGAGCGAUAGUGGAUUCGAAGAGAUGAUGAACAUUGUAUCCGCUGAGCCAGAUUGGGAAACGAUACAUUACGCGGCUGCAUGUGGUGUUCUUGGUUUUCUCAAAGCGGCUCUUGAGAAAGAUCGUCAAGUCGUCCUUGGCUUCGCCACUCAAGAUGGAGACUUUCCCAUCCACAUUGCUGCCAAGUGGGGACAAGUGGAAGCUGUCAGGGUUCUUCUCGAACACGGGGCUGAUUUAUGUCAAAAAGAUGCCACGGGUCGUACUGUAGUCCACUGGGCUGCUGCCAAUAGUGCUUCAACUCUUAAGGAUCUAUCCACUGAAGCAGCAUUCUCUAAAGCUAUGACUGUACUAGAUGAAAGCGGGCAUUCUCCACUUGCUUGUGCUAUUCGAGAAGCUAACUCCGAAUCAGUUGCGAUACUUAUGGCUUGUGCAGGAUCAAGUGCAACCAAAGUAGCUGGCGCUUCUCCGUUGUUAACGGUGCUCUCGGGAAAGGAUUAUAGUGAAGCAUUGGCAAAGUGAGU